AUGCAUCGCUUGCUUGUAGACCAAGGACUGGUACAACUAUCUACUUACUCCCAGUUAGCCACCUUCAUUAGUACUAAGAUCUUGCCUGAUCGAUCAAUGGAUUGGCCGGCUCUCACCAGCUUCACGGCGGUCACAAUCCUUAUCUUCCUACCGUUGAGCGCUUCCGACGAUCGGCUUGUCCCUGGCAAGGCGCUGUCCCCAGGUAACUUCCUUCUCUCCGAUGAUGGUGGAUUCGCCUUGGGCUUCUUCAGCCCCUCCAACUCCACUCCGACCAGCCUGUACCUAGGCAUAUGGUACACCGGCAUCCCCGUGCUCACUGUCGUGUGGGUCGCCAAUCGAGAAACCCCGGCCACCAACACCACUUCCUCUCCACCAACGGUCUCGCUCACCAACACCUCUAAUCUGGUUCUCUCCGAUGGUAAUGGUGGCCGCCGUGUCCUUUGGACAACGACCAAUGUGGCCACCGCCGUGGGCUCAUCUACCUCAACGGUAGUGCUUCUGAACACUGGCAACCUCGUUAUUCGGUUGUCAAAUGGCACCAUGUUGUGGCAGAGCUUCGACCACUGCACUGACACAUUCCUCCCUGGCAUGAAGCUACGGAUAAAGAAUAGCACACAGGGCACCGCCGAGCAUCUAGUAUCCUGGAAAGGCCCUAACGACCCUUCGUUGGGGCGCUUCUCCUAUGGCAGCGACCCGAACAGAUCCCUCCAAGUAUUCCUAUGGGAUGGGGAGCACUCGGUGUCUCGCAGCGCCCCAUGGACAGGGUACCUAGUGAUGAGCCAAAGCCAACAACAACUUGGGGGGACAAGGGCAACUAACGUCAGUGAUUUUAUCAUUUAUGUGGCCUUUGUCGACAAGGACGAUGAGAUGUACAUCACCUAUAGCCUCUCGGACGGCGCCCCACGCACCAGGUUAGUGCUAACCUACUAUGGUGAGUAUCAGCUCCAGAGUUGGAGCAACAAGUCGUCAGCGUGGGCUGUCCUUUGGAAGUGGCCGUCAGCUGAAUGCAACCGCUACAAUUACUGUGGCCCAAAUGGAUACUGCGAUGAGACAUCCACCAUGCCUGCCGUGCUAGCAUGCAAGUGUCUCGACGGCUUUGAGCCGACUAACACGGAGGAGUGGACUGUAGGCAGAUUCUCGGCGGGGUGCCGAAGGAAGAAGGCGCCGCGAUGCAGUGACGGCUUCUUAGCAUUGCCGGGGAUGAAGUCACCUGACAUGUUUUCUUCCGUGGGCGGGGACAGGAGUACGUUCGAGGAGUGCACAGCAGAGUGCAGCCGCAAUUGCUCGUGCGUGGCAUACACGUUCAGCAACCUGAGCACUGGCAGGUCUGGAGGAGAUGUGACACGAUGCUUGGUGUGGAAUGGGGAGUUGGUUGACAUAGGAAAGAUAGGGGAGCUUGGCGGUGAGACACUUUAUCUCCGGCAUGCACGCAUGGAUGCAACAACUGGUAGAAGAACAAAGAGAAAAACAAUGAGGAUUGUGUUGUCAGUUUUAAGCUCUAGUGUUUUGGUACUCAUCUGCAUCUUUCUUGCAUGGUUAAAAUUCAAAGGCAAGAACAAAAAAUGGAGAAAUCAAAAUAAGAUAAGUUUGGUCGGUACGAAUACCUCUAAUGAAUUUGGAGAAGGAAACCCUCCCCAUGAUUGGGAAUUUCCAUUUGUAAGAUUAGAAGAAAUUGUGCUGACAACCCACAAUUUCUCUGAAACAUGCAUGAUUGGACGAGGAGGCUUUGGUAAAGUAUACAAGGGAAUGGUAGGUGGUCAAGAAGUUGCAAUCAAGAGGCUAAGUAGAGAUUCUCAACAAGGAACAAAUGAAUUUAGAAACGAAGUAGUUCUGAUUGCCAAAUUGCAACACAAAAACUUGGUUCGGCUUCUUGGAUGUUGCAGUGAGGAAGAUGAAAAGCUCCUAAUAUAUGAGUAUCUGCCUAAUAAGAGCUUAGAUGCUACCCUUUUUGAUGACUCAAGAAAAUUGUUGUUGGACUGGGAGACACGAUUUAGUAUAAUCAAAGGGGUUGCAAGGGGACUAAUGUAUCUUCACGAAGAUUCAAGGUUCACCAUAAUUCAUAGAGAUCUCAAAGUUGGAAAUAUUUUGCUAGAUGCCGAUUUGAAACCCAAGAUAGCAGAUUUUGGUAUGGCUAGAAUCUUUGGUGAUAACCAGCAAAAUGCAAAUACCCAACGUGUUGUUGGAACAUAUGGCUACAUGGCUCCUGAGUAUGCAAUGGAAGGCGUCUUCUCUACCAAGUCUGAUGUCUAUAGUUUUGGCGUGUUACUACUGGAGGUUGUAACUGGCAUAAGAAGAAACUCCAUUAGUCAAACCAUGGGAUUCCCUAGCCUCACAGUUUAUUCAUGGAAUAUGUGGAAGGAAUCGAAGACUGAGGAACUGCUAGACUCAUGUAUCGUAAAUACUUCACCGGUCGAAGUUUUGCUUUGCGUCCAUGUGGCACUCUUGUGUGUCCAGGAGAACCCAGAUGAUAGGCCGCUUAUGUCAUCUGUUGUGUUCAUCCUAGAGAAUAGAAUCACCACACUUACAGCCCCAAGUCGCCCCGCCUACUUCGCACAACAAAGUGCUGAAAUUGGUAAUAUAAAAAAUGACAUUCGGACUUCCGUGAACAGUUUUACUCUUACCGAGAUAGAGGGGCGAUGA